AUGAUCACGUUGCUGAAGAGCUGGGAACUGCUGUUCUCGGCGCCGGCGCCCGGCGAGAACGAGCGGGAGGACGUCCAAAAGAAAACUUUCACAAAAUGGAUCAACUCACAGCUCGCCAAGAACGACAAGCCGCUGGUGUCGGACCUGUUCUGCGACCUGCGCGACGGCGAGCUCCUGCUGGCGCUGCUGGAGAUCCUCACGGCGCAGCAAUAUAAACGCGAGCGCGGCCGCAUGCGCGUGCACCACAUCAACAACGUGAACACGGCGCUGCAGGUGCUGGACAGCAACGGCGUGAAGCUGGUCAACAUCAGCAGCAACGACCUGGUGGACGGCAACCCCAAGCUCACGCUCGGUCUGGUGUGGAGCAUCAUCCUGCACUGGCAGGUGCACUACCACCUGAAGGAGCUGAUGUCGGAGCUGCAGCAGACCAACCUCGAGAAGACACUGCUUGCCUGGUGUCGCACGCACACGCAGAACUACACGGGCGUGAACGUGAAGAACUUCACGACGUCGUGGUCGGACGGGCUGGCCUUCAACGCGCUGCUGCACCGCUGGCGCCCGCAGCUGUUCGACUUCGCCGGCGUGCUGCGCCAGGCGGCCAGCGCGCGCCUCGACCACGCCUUCGCCAUCGCGCACGCGCAUCUCGGCAUCGAGCGGCUGCUGGAUCCUGAAGACGUGAACACGCCGCACCCGGACAAGAAGUCGAUCAUGAUGUACCUGAUGUGCCUGUUCCAGUCCCUGCCGCACGCGGGCGAGGACGUGGCCGACCUCGACUCCUUGCACUCCGAGCCCAGCACGCCACGGGCUGAGGUUCCGCCGAGUCGUCCCCUGUCGAUCGCGACGAGCGCAUCAGCCGAGCUCGGCGGCUACGGCAGCGCGCUGGAGGACGCGCUGGCCUGGCUGCUGGAGGCCGAGGAGCGGCUGCAGCGCGCCCCGCCGCCGGCGCAGGAGCUGGCCGAGCUCAGGCAGCAGUUCCAGCAGCACGAGGCAUUCCUUCUAGAACUGGCGGAGCAGCAAGGCCGCGUGGGGUCCGUGCUGGAGGAAGGCGGCCGGCUGCUGGCGGAGGGCGGGCUGAGCCGCGAGGAGAGCGCGGAAGUGAGGCUGCAGAUGCGGCUGCUCGGGCAGCGCUGGGAGUCGCUGCGGCAGGCCGCCAUGGCCAGGCAGGCCACGCAGCACGAACAGCUCAUGAAGCAGCAGCAGAGAGGCCGGUUGCAGGCGCACCUGGAAGCGUUCCGCGCGUGGCUGACGCGCACCGAGGACCGCAUGUCGCGGCUGGGCGCGGACAUCCCGCCCGCACUCGCGGCCGCGCAGCUGGCGGCCGUGCGCGCGCUGCAGGAGGAGCUGCGCGCGCAGCAGCCGGCCGUGGACGCGCUGGCCGACUGCGUGGUGGUGGUGGACGACGACGCCGCCGCCGACAGCGCGGUGACGGAAAUAGAAGAUCAGUUACGUGCACUAGGCGAGCGUUGGUCGCACACGUGCUCGUGGACGCAGCAGCAGAUACAGCGGCUGACGGAGCUGAGCGAGCGCUGGAGCGAGCUGGACGAGCGCCACGCCGACCUGCUGCGGCACUGCGACGCGCACGAGACCGCGCUCAAACAGAUGGAAGCGAACCCCGUGAGCGCCGUGGGGGAGGUAGUGGAGCGUAUAUCGGCCCUGCAGCGCAUUCAGCACGCGCUGAGCGUGACGCAGCAAGCGGUCAGCGAGUACGGCGAGCGCUGCGGCGCGCUGGCGGGCGGCGCGGCGAGCGGCGCCGAGCGCGCGGAGAUGCUGCACGACCGACUCGACGCGCUGACGGAAAUCGCCAGCGUGCAGGCCAACAGGAUCCGCGAGUUGGGCUUCGAGUUCGACAUCGAGACGCAGUCGGAAUCGUCCCCGCAAGCGCACACCACCACCACCACGCUCCGCCUGGAGGCGUCCCCGCCCGCGCCGCGCGCCGCCAACAAGAAGCCGCGUCUCUCCGCCCCGCUCCCCGCCCCGCCCAGCGCUGUGUCCGCCGCUCCGUCCGCCGCCGUGGCCGCCGCGUGUAAAGCGUUCGACACAUGGGCAGAAAGCGCUGAGAAGGAUCUCGAGAUGUGCAAACAAAAACUGGAACAAAAGAGUGAAAGACGCAAAGAGAUCCCCGCCAUAGUGGAGAGAAUUUCUAUGGAGGCUUCUCAGCAGGGCGCGCAGCUGGACACUGGCGUGUUGACAGAUGUAGCAAACCAAAGCGCGGAUAGCAUUGCCGAACUUAAAAAUCGACUGGAAAACAUACAACGCACAUCACUCGACAUACGGAACACGCUCAAUCUGCUGGAAGACAAGGAGUCCUUUUAUAGAAACCUACAGGCUUUCCGCAAGGAAUUAGACGAGAUUCGAGCCUGGAAGGAGAAGAUGUUAACGGAUCCACCGACCAACAAUCAGCUGAUACACCUGAGGAACAAGAUCAGGAGCGUCAAGCAGAUGGAGAUGAAACUCAAAGAGUUGAAUGCGCAAACGAUUAUACUACUGACGAAGUCGAUAUCAAAAUCGCACAAGGACGAGAUUGAAGCUGACUCGAAACGAGCGAACGACGAAUACGAAAAAUUGUUGACGGAACUUAGUUCUCGCGAGGUCGAGAUAAAGCUGGCGUUGAAUAAGAAUAGAGAUAGAAGAGACGCAAACGUGGACAAGUUGAAGCAGUUGGAGGAAGAGUUACGAGAGCUGGAAGGAAGGGUUGUCUCUGAACACGCGGAGUUGUCAGAUCGUAGUCAAGUAGAAGCUAAAUUAGAAGAGCUACGCGUGUUGCGACAAAAGCUAGUUGAACUACGAAAACUGGGAGAUCAGCUCGUCCAGGAGAGAAGUGAGACUCGGGAGAAGGGCAGCGCGCCAGAUCUCAGUCUCCGCAACAGUGUAGAAAACCUGGUCACCAGAUUCGACGAUACCAACACUAUACUGGACAAGAAGAUCGACAAACUGGAGAGAGGCUUGGAGCUGCUCAGCCAGUUCAAGGAGGACCUGUCGUCGGUGCAAGCGUGGGUGGCGGCCACGGAGGCCUUCCUGCAGGAGCACCAGCGCGUGCCCGUCGGAGACCUGGACCAGCUGGACCCGCUGCUGGAACAGAGCAAUAAAAUUGACGAAGAAAAGGCCACCCACGAGAGUAAACUAGAAACGCUGGCCGAGAUCAAGGAGAAGAUAAGCGAGGACUGCGAGGAGAGCAUUCGGCAGUGGAUCGAAGCGGAGUUGAGCGCGCUGCGGCGGCGCUUCCAGCGCAGCGCGGAGCGCGGGCUGGCGCUCAACGAGGCGCUGCGCCGCGCCGCCGAGCGCAGCGAGGCUGUCUUCCGCGAGAUAGAGGAGACGGAGCAGUGGCUGGCGGAGCUGGAGGCGGAGCUGCCGGCGGAGGCGGAGUGCGAGAUCGCGGAGAGCGCGGCGCUCUACAGCAUGAAGGCGCGCUUCCAGGCGCUCAAGGACAAGUGCGACGCCCGCACGCAGGCCUUCCGCGACCUCAACGAGGCCGGCAACGAGCUCCUACUGGCAGCGGGCGAGGAGUCCGACGAGAGCGGCUCGCCGCGCGCGCGCCCCGUGACGCUCGCGCGCAGACUGACGCAGCUCAACGCGCGCUGGAACCAGGCCACGCACGGCGUCUACGAGAGAUACAACGUGCACUGUUUGACGGCUUUCGUGUUGCAAGGACCUGUUGAUAAUGCUCACCACGGCGUGCGCAGGGUGCUGUGCGAGGCGUGGCUGGAGUCCGGCGAGCUGCGCGCGUGGCUGACGCAGGAGGCCGCGUGGCUGGGCGGCCUGCAGCGCCGCCUGCUGGCCGCCAGCGCGCCCGCCGACGCGGAGGAGAUACACGACGAGCUCUACGACCUGGAGAACUACCUGCAGAACCACAGCGAGGAGCGCAUGGCCCGCAUUCAGGCGGUGGGGCGCCAGCUCAUCGACGCCCACAUCAUGCCGGACGCCAUUCGCCAGGAGAUCGACAGCCUCGCGCAGCGCUGGGCCGAGCUAAGAGAACAGGCGUUAUCGCGAACUGAAAAGCUCGAAGAGAGCGCGCGGUCGGCGGCGCGCUGCGAGCUGGCCCUGGACGAGCUGCAGCAGUGGCUGCAGCAGCUACAGCAGCGGACCGACGAUCCAGAGCAACUCCGCGAAGAGUUCGCCUCACAAGAGGAAGUGCUGAAAUCGGUGGAGCAGCAAGUGGCCUUGUACCGCGCCGAGGGCCGCAGCCACGCCGCGGACCGGCUGCAGCAGCAGCUGGAGCCGCUGCGGGCGCGGCUGGCGGCGGCGCGCGGCCCGGCGCGGACGCUGCGCGCGCGGCUGGCGGGCGCGCGCGCGGCGCUGCGCGAGCUGCAGCGCGCCGCCGACCUCACGCUGGCGCGCGCCGCCGCCGACCCCGACUCCGUGCGCGCGCAGCUGCGGCAUUGCUUGGUGAGCGGUGUGACGGCGGAGAGCCAGUGUAUCUCUAGAUAUAACAUGAUCCGCGCGCGGCGCUGCGCGAGCUGCAGCGCGCCGCCGACCUCACGCUGGCGCGCGCCGCCGCCGACCCCGACUCCGUGCGCGCGCAGCUGCGGCAUUGCUUGGUGA